AUCAACUAAUAAUAACAAUAAAGGCCACUUAUCGCUGCCAGUCCACCUGUACCGGUAAGUACCCGGCGCAGUGCCAAUCCCAGCCAUUGGUUUAUUGUCCAUACACACAAUGGGAAGGGUGGGAUCCUACAAUGCCAUCAAAUGUCCUAUAAAUCGCACAGAGUGACUGUAAUUAUAUUAUAUAUUAUUAUUAUUGUCCUUGACAUUAUUUAUAUUAUUAUUAUAUUAUAUUCCUUGACAUUAUUUAUAUAUAUUAUAUAUAUUAUAUUCCUUGACAUUAAUUAUAUAUUAUAUAUAUUAUAUUCCUUGACAUUAAUUAUAUAUUAUAUAUAUUAUAUUCCUUGACAUUAUUUAUAUUAUAUUAUAGUCCUUGACAUUUAUUAUAUAUUAUAUAUAUUAUAGUCCUUGACAUUAUUUAUAUUAUAUAUGUUCCUUGACAUUAAUUAUUUAUAUUAUUAUUUAUAUUAUAUUCCUUGACAUUAUUAUAUAUAUUAUAUUCCUUGACAUUUAUUAUUAUUAUUAUUAUAUAUAUUAUAUUUCUCUGUCCGUAUUUCUUCAUUUAUAAAACACUCUGCGAGAGCUGAGGAUAAAUAUGAUAUUUUGGCUGUGAAGUGUGGCUAUUGUAUUGUAAUAUUAUUAUACACACGUCAAUAAUACAAGUGAUCUGUGAAUAUUAUUUAUAACAUUUGUUAUUGGUGUGAUCACUUCUAGUUUAUCAGGUAUUAAAAGUGUGAUUAUAAGGAUUAAUGAAGUGAAAGCAUAACUGUAAUUGGUGUGUUUAUAUGGGGCAAUAAAGCAAACAGGUUGUUGAGUGUUGGGAAUGCAUUUACUGGUUUUGUUCAUUCAGAAGAUAAGCUUCACAUAAUGUUUUUGGUGCUAGACUGUUUAAACCGCUAACACUUGGAGUGUGUUUCUCAUAGUGUCCUGCUCUCUGCAAAUGUAAAUAUGUAAUGCUGGUUAUCUCCCCAGGUGCACAUCUGGAUAUCUGAAGAAUAUGACAGCAGGAACCAAUCCUGAGGAGGGGAAUGUAUCUGUGGUGGUCCGUGUAAGGCCCCCAAACUCUCGAGAACAAGAAGGAAAUCAAUCCUCUGUGGUACAAGUGGUGGAUGAUAGUAUUUUGAUUUUUGACCCAGAUGAGCCAGACACAUCUGGGGUGUUUUCCAGCUUGAAGGGAUAUGAUGGGGUUAAACGCAAAGGGAAAGACUUGAAGUUCAUAUUUGAUCGAGUAUUUGGAGAGAAUGCCACUCAGCAGGAUGUUUUUGAGCAUACUACCAAGGAGAUCCUGGAUGGAGUCCUAAAUGGUUACAACUGCUCUGGUAUUUAAAUUUGUUUACUAUUAUUAUUAUUAAUAACUUUUUUUGGCAGAAACUAGUAAUAAUGUGGAAUCUUUGGUUAUACAAAUGUUAUGAUAGAAAUUUAAAAAAAAACUUUAUCGCAAAAGUGUCUUUGCUCUUUAUGAAAUGCAUAAAGAAACAGAAAUUUUAUAUAUGUUUUUCUUUACUGCAAUUUACAGUUAUAUUUUAGGAACAAGAGGUAUCAGGUUUCUAGUGUUUUGUUAUUUGAAUUAUAUAAAUUUUCAUGUGUGUAACACAUUUUGUUUAAUAAGACACAUGAAAGUACAAAUUUAAUUUACAUUAUUUUAUAACUUGUCCAUAGUACCUAUGUCUCCAUCUUUUCUUCUUACCGCUAUAUUGUUCUGUAAGUCUUUGAGUGACAAAGAUAAACUUUGGGGAAAACACUGAGCUACACACACAGAGAGACAUAGUUUAGAUGAAGAAGAAAUGAUAGAGACAGACUGUUAGAGAGAAUCUGGAAUAUAGGCUGAGACACAGAAAUAAGACGUAACCCACUUUGUUGUAGUCACAAACUGACGUCCGGUGAAAAAUAGGCUAGCUUGAAUCAGGUGAAACAAACAAGGGGAUGCAGCGAUGAGAUUGAACACUCUAUCAUCCUUUUCAUGUCUGACUUCCAUUCUUACUUGCCAUCUCAUCAGUUCCCAGUGUGUCUCUCUUGGCCUGUCUUUAUUCUCCUUCCAUCUUAUUCCUGCCUGCUGUUUUUCAUUCAUUAGUUUAUUAAUCCACUACUUAUUACUUAGUUUUUCUACAACUAUCUACUAUUUACAUUUAUUAAGCACCCUCGUUUGAUGGAUGCCCAGCAGGGCUAAGUUCUCUGAUCCUAUUUCAUAAAUGUAUUGUUGUAGGCUAAAACAGUGAUUGUUAGUCAAAUAUGUGAAAUAAAAUCUAUGUAAUAAGCCCUUUUUGACUAAACUUGCUGUUGUUAACAUUCUGGAGAAACCUAUUGACCUUGAUUAUAUUUCCAUUCUAUCUUAGUAUUUGCCUAUGGAGCAACAGGAGCAGGAAAGACUCACACAAUGCUGGGUACUGCAGCUGAUCCUGGUGUUAUGUAUCUCACGAUGGUGGAGCUUUAUCGGAGAAUCGAGGCAAUUGAAGAGGAGAAGCAGUGUGAAGUUCUCAUCUCAUACCUGGAGGUACGGAAUGUUUCCUGUUUUAACCCCUUAAAACCGGAGGGCAUACUAUUACGUACUAUUACGCCCUAAGCGUCUCUAAAUGCCGCAGGGCGUAAUAGUACACCCUCUGUUUUUUUUGUUACUUACCUGGUCGCCGGCGAUCGCGGUUGGGGAGACUCACCUGGGAUCCCAGGGAGUCCCUAGUGGCGGAUCCUGCCUCCUCCGGCCAUGUGAGAGUGAGGUCCUUGUGAGGACCUCACAAUCACAUGGCCGGGUUAGGUGGCUGCUGCAUUGCCAGCAGGGGGACUACCUGUAAUGACAGUUAUAUUAAUUCUACAUAUAUAUUUAUGUAAUAUUUUUACAUAAUUAGGUAUCUUAAUUAAUUACAAUUAGCGGGACCUGCCUGACAACCCAUGCCGAAAGUAUAGGGAAUUUCAUUUGCUAGCACUAUAUUUAACCCUAUAACUUUCCAAGACACCAUAAAACUUGUACAUGGGGGGUACUGUUCUACUCGGGAGACUUCGCUGAACACAAAUAUUAGUGUUUCAAAACAGUAAAAUGUAUUACAACGAUGAUAUCGCCAGUAAAAGUGAAGUUUUUAGCAUUUUUCACACACAAACAGCAAUUACACGGACAAUAUUAUUGCUGUGAUACUUUUUACUGUUUUGAAGCACAAAUAUUUGUGUUCAGCGAAGUCUCCCAAGUACAAUAGUACCCCUCAUGUACAGGUUUUAUGAUAUUUUCAAAAGUUACAGCGUCAAAUAUAAGGCUUUUUUUUCACAUUAAAAUUCGCCAGGUUACGUUGCCUUUGAGACCCUAUGGUAGCCCAAGAAUGAAAAUUACCCCUAUGAUGGCAUACCAUUUGCAAUAGUAGACAACCCAAGCUAUUGCAAAUGGGGUAUGUCCAGUUUUUUUUAGUAGCCACUUAGUCACAAACACUGGCCAAAACUGGCAUUUUUGCAUUUUUCACAUACAAACAAAUAUUAACGCCAAUUUUGGCCAGUGUUUCUGACCAAAUGGCUAUUAAAAAAGACUGGACAUACCCCAUUUGCAAUACCUUGGGUUGUCUACUAUUGCAAAUGGUAUGCCAUUAUGGGUGUAAAUUUCAUUCCUGGGCUACUAUACAGUCUCAAAGGCAACAUAACCUAUCUGGCAAAUUUAAUUUUCAAAUGUAACGUGCUAUAUUUGACCCUGUAACUUCCCAAAACGCCAUAAAACCUGUACAUAGGGGGUACUGUCUUACACGUGAGACUUUGCUGAAUACAAAUAUGUGUAUUUUAUUGCAGUAAAAGCAAACAGUAUUAUGACAUUGACAGUUAAAAUGUCAUGUAGAACUAAAAAAAAUCAAAAAAUCUUAUUUUCUCCCAUUUUUUUUCAUAUUAAAUUAUGUUUCAUAGCUAAAUAUUUGAUAUUAAAUGAAAGCCCUGUUUCCCCUGAAUAAAAUUUAUAUAUAAUAAGGGUGGGUGCAUUUACUAUGAAAGAGGUGAAUUACGGUUGGACAGACAUGUAGCGCAAAUGCCAGGUUUUGUUUACAUUUUGUUUUGUUCACAACGUGUACAUUUGGCUCCGUCCUUAAGGGGUCUGCUAACUACUAACUUAAUAAUAUAAGGUAGCAAGAUAUAAAGCAAGUCAUGAGUGGGCGGAGCCUGACCGGGGAUCUGACCAGACGCACAAUCUGUGAGCUCCCGAGCCCGGUCCUGUUUUAACACGAAAAAUGUGGGAAAAAUACCUGACCCUGAACCUCAACUCACUUCACCCGGCGAUACCAAAGCUGGGGAGCAGAAUGAUACCCCACACGCUCGGAAGGACCACUGGAUCAUCGGAUCAGAGGCUUGGGGCCUUCCCGAUGCAGAGGAGAGACGGACACUCUCCCAGCUCCUCAAAGCAUGCGGCACCUGAAGUAUCGGGCUUCCCCUCCCCCCUCAGGACCGGCGGGGGCUAACCCGGUCCAAACACUCGCAACCUGUGAGCCCACACAGAUAACAAUCGACAGCCUAAACUACGCACCAAGCAAGCAGGCCGCUAGCUAUCUUAAAAUGGCGGACACGCAGCCCAACAAGGGCCAUGUGACAUCUGAGCCACAAAGCAACCCUUAUGAUCCUCUAGACCAGGGGUAGGCAAACUUUUAGCAGCACUGUGCCGAUAUAGGAUUGUGAUGUUCCGUAGCGUGCCGGUCCUAUUUUUUGAAAUUGAGGUGUGUAUGCUGCCGUAUUCUGCUUGUGUUAUUUAUACUGUAAUUGCUUUGUAUCUUUGUAUUUGUGCGUAUAUGAGCUAUUAUAUUGUAUAUGUUCAUUAGUAGUUUAUGGUAUCGUGUAUGAUACAUAUAAAUGUGGGCUGUGUAUGGGGGCUGCUCGUGGAAUUGUGCGUGGAUGGAUAUGUCACAUUGUAUGUUUAGUAGUGUGUGUAUGUGUCGUGACUGUUUGGGGUAUUGCAUGUGAGAGGCUGCAUGUUGUGUGCGCGUAUGUGGAUUGUUAGCGGGUUACGUUUGUGCGGAUUGUGUGUGUGUUUGUUUAUGGGCUGUUCGUAUUAUUUAUAUGAGGGGAGAGUUAUUCUGCAGCUCUGUGUAUAUCUAGCAGUGUGGAUGGCUUCCCCGGGGUCCAGUCAAGGACAGGAGCUGCGACAGCAGCUGCAGGCUGCUCUACUCCAAUGUGGAUUUCAUUUACAAGUGCUGGAAUGAAGUGAUCUGAGAUUACUUCCUCUACGUGCUGCAAUGCUUAAAUUGAGGAUUGUCCUUCACCACCUCUUCGUAUUAGCAGAUAUCUGAAGUUUCACUAGGACUCCUGAUAGGCCAGAGACUGUUCGGCUCUAGCAGCCUUGAGUGCCGUGCAUGGCACUAGUGCCGUAGGUUGCCUACCCCUGCUCUAGACACUCGCCUGAACAUGCUGCUGGCAAACUUCUGGGCAAAGGUGGAAGCUAGACACGCAGCUAAACAGCAGCAGCCACGGGUGAGCGGGAACACACCGAGGACCCAGGUGAGCAACAGCCGGAGUGGAGCCAGGAAGCCCUCAGGCAUAAACCCAACGACACAACCCAUCACAUGAGCCCAUCCAGGGUGAGGGCCCCAAGGGGCAAAACCCCGACGCAUCGCCCACCUAGGUAGAGGUGGGGGCCUGCGCAUUGCAGGUGGCGAAACACCACCACAGCUUUUAGACCUACCCCAACAGGGAAGGACCCGGUCUCUUCAAGCCCCUGAGUCCGUGGUGAAACGAUGCUGGCCCUACAACAAGCCCGGAGCGAGAGGGCGACACCACCCCUGGCCAAAAGCUGACACCAAGAACUAACCGACGCCAUCAGUGCAAGUUCCACCUAGAGGAAUCGGCUGAUCCCUUAGCAGACGGGCAGCAUGCCCUUCCCUGCAACCACAAAGGACGCUGUGCAGUUAUGCAGGGACACUGGUCAGGAACUCACAUCACUGAGACUUUGGCACCAUUCCUCUCUACCAUGCACAUGCAUGUACCUACCCCGAAGCCUGAUAUGCUAAUAGAGCUAAACUUCAUAGUCUUACCUGCAAGCUAUUCUAAUGCCAUUGUAUUACUUUGACAUUCAAUACUGCAGCUUUCAUGCCUUAGCACAGUAACUCGUAACCAAUUGUUUAUUCAGUUAUGAAAUGUUUCGCUUGUGCGAUCAACAUAGCGACCUGAACAGCUUAACGCUAAAGCGAUAGAUAACAUAUUUCAAAAUGUGUGAGUUCUAUGCAUGCCAUAUUUAUGUUAUAACCAUUGACUAAGGAGCUUAUGAAAGCUAAUGUGGCUAUGCAAGCACUGCUGUAAUCUAAUCUUAUGCACGACAAAAAAAUAAAUUCAAGACGUCCUGGUGAUUUAGUGAGACCUUCCAGCUGCUACCGCCUUUCAUGGGGUCAAAGUGUUUGCUGCCUACUCUUAGCCGAUGACUGACAUUCUAUGCAAUGCGAGUUGCACAUAAUUGACAUUAGCCAGCCCAUUAACUAUAUAAUCAUCCCAGGGUUUAAGCUUAUGCAUAUGUUAAUGAUAAAUGAACAAAAAUAAAUAGUGUACGUUUCUUUUAUGCCUGAUGUUUACCUAUUUGUAACACUUUUCCAAAUCUCCUAGGUAUAUAAUGAACAGAUCCAGGAUCUUCUGGCUCCAAAAGGAACGUUGGCCAUCAGAGAGGAUCCCCAGAAGGGAGUUGUGAUUCAGGGUCUCUCUUUCCAUCAAGUAAGGUUAUUAGGUUCUGGCUUUUCUAAGUAUUCUAGAUAUGAUAUUCUACGUUCAGUAUUCGUGGACAAUGAAGCAAGGCACGAUUCAAGAAUAAACACCUAAAAUGUUAUGCAUUUAGACAGUUGUGUCAUUCUAUGCAUUGAUAUCAAACAUUGACUUUAAAGGACCAUUAUAGGCACCCAGACCACUUCAGCUUAAUUAAGUGGUCUGGGUGCCUUAAUGAAGUGGUCAGAUCCCCGGCCAGCUAGGUUUAACCCUUUUUUCUAUAAACAUAGCAGUUUCAGAGAAACUGCUAUGUUUAUAUUAGGGUUAAUCCAGCCUCUAGUGGCUGUCACGUUGACAGCCGCUAGAGUCGCUUCCGCGCUUCUCACUGUGAAAAUCACAGUGAGAAGAUGCCAGCGUCCAUAGGAAAGCAUUGUGAAUGCUUUCCUAUGAGACUGGCUGAAUGCGCGCGUGGCUCUUGCCGCGCAUGCACAUUCAGCCGAGGAGGAGAAGGAGAGUCCCCCGCCCGGCGCUGGAGAAUGAGGUAAGUUUAACCCCUUCCAUCCCCUAGAGACUGGCGGGAGGGGGACCCUGAGGGUGGGGGCACCCUCAGGGCACUAUAUUGCCAGGAAAACAAGUAUAUUUUCCUGGCACUAUAGUGGUCCUUUAAACCUUUGAAAAUUUGCUGUAAGCAGUUGUUCAAAUCAAAUCAUGUUUCCUUCUUAAAUACUCUGUUUUGCACUCCCUACCUCCUGAAAGCUUCAUUGGACUCAGCAGAUGGUGAGGCAAGAAAAGCAGUUUUACACUGCUACUACUUGGAGACUCUUGUUUUUGUAUGAAAUUCAAACAAGGGAGUGGGGAUGUUAAUUUUGUUCCCCUCUAGUUACAGCCUGUCAGUUACAGGGGCAUCCCCCAUGGUUGAAAGGGACACACAUGGCACCAUAACCACCUCAUUUCAUUAAAGUGGUUAUUUGAGUCACAAUGCUCAAAUAAUGCUAAAUUAUAACUCUGGUGUGCACAUGGCCAGCUGUGAAUGCAUAUCUUGCCAAAAUAUAAAGCGACUGGACAACAGAAGCAAAGACCAUGCCAUUUUUCACUCCUGUCCGAUAAUAGGAAGAUCGUGGGGAUGUGAUAACAAAACCUGAAUUAUUAAUAAGACACGCAAAGCACCAUUACAGUCUUUCAUGAAUGAGUGGCUUAGAACUGCAGUUAUUUUAUUUUUUAAAUGCUGCAGCUCUAUGUACACCCCUCAGGUCUGUGAGUCAGGAAGCCAAAAUUCCAUGGAAUGGAUCCUAACCUUUUAUUGAACCGUUUUACUUACCCUGUAUGAACUGAAAGGUUUUGAAAGAAUGCAGUUUCUGCCAGGAGCAAAAGAGGUAGAACUUAGUAUAUUUCUGUUUUCCCUUUUUAUUCCCAUGUGUCAUCAUGUAAGUGGACAUGUGUGUACAAAACAUUGAGGUUCCACAACCUGCCAUAUAAUAAUAAAAAUAAUUCAUGAAAUUGCAUUGACCACAAUAUGAUCCUAAUGUGCCCAGAUCUCUAGUCUACAGUCAGGCCCAUGAAAAUGGGAAGCAUGCCCCCUUUAAUAGGAAAGUGUGCUUGGAAUACUGUACACCAUAGAGAAAUGACAAAGUGGACGUUCAGUGACUCUGGAUUUGUGUAGAUGCUAGGAUUUAAGCUGCAAAGCGACAAAGGUUUAAAAAUAAUAUCAGGAAGUAUUACUUUACUGAGAGGGUAGUGGAUGCAUGGAAUAGCCUUCCAGCUCAAGUGGUAGAGGUUAACACAGUAAAGGAGUUUAAGCAUGCGUGGGAUAGGCAUAAGGCUAUCCUAACUAUAAGAUAAGGCUAGGGACUAAUGAAAGUAUUUAGAAAAUUGGGCAGACUAGAUGGGCCGAAUGGUUCUUAUCUGCCGUCACAUUCUAUGUUUCUAACAUUGCUGAUUUUAUCAAUAAUAACAAUGCACAGUUCAGGGCUUUGGUGAAUAGAUUAAAUAUGGAAACGACAGCCUUAAAUUAGGUCUUUUGGUACAAGCUUCCCUGGACAGAUUAUUAAUGUGUUUACCUUGGUGUCAAGCGUUACCUGAAGCAAUGGAUUGUAGCAAAGUUUUGUUUUCAUGCUAUUGUGGUAAAUGAAUGAAGCAUGGAAUGGAGUAUAUUUGUAGAUUUUAUAUGCUUGAAGUUAAACCAUUUCAUGUGGUUUGUUUACAAUGCUGGAUCAUGUUAUCUCGCUGCUGGGAUUGGUUUUAGGGGCGUACAGCAAAGUUAUUCACAUUAUAUGCUUUAAACCCAUGGCAAACAAACAAUUCACAGACAGGGCUAUUUACCAAUGUUUUCAUCAUUGAGAACUCCAAGGGAACAUCACAUUUCAGCCCAAAAGAGCCAAAAAAGUAAACGUAAUGUUAUAGGAAAUGACAGUUCUGUAUUUAAUCUGUUCCUUGAUACUGAUGGAAAUGAGUUUUUAGCUGCAUAUAAUGGUAUCUUCUCAGCUCUUCUCAUAUAAAACUCCUCAAUAUUUUGGUUAAUAUCUCUAAAAUAAAUUCCGAUAACUAGAGGGCAAAAAAAGGAAAUACGGUUUUAGAUUUACUUUCCGUGGGUUUGAAAACAAAUGAAAAUCUGAUGUGUUACAGACCACAACAUAUACCGUAAUAUCUGCUUUGAAGUUACUUUAAUGUUCAUUCUUUUGUGUUAAGGCUUGAAGUUUACUUUGAUUAAGUGGUCGCAUGAUUGUACAAAUAAAAUGCAGAAAAACAUAUAUAAAAUUCAUCUUUUAUUUAUUUCUUUUUCUAGCCCAAAUCUGCUGAUCAGUUGCUACAGAUGUUGGCGAGUGGUAACCUUAAUCGAACCCAACAUCCAACUGAUGCCAAUGCUUCUUCCUCUAGAUCGCAUGCUGUUUUUCAGGUAAUACAGGGAUACAUGUUAAACAUGACUAAUAUGGGACUGUUAUCCUCUUUUGUAUUUCUCUGCUGAAAAAGCAAAUGAUUAAUAAAAUGUCAGUGUGACGGACCGCCUGGCACCCCGACUGGGUACCUCCGUCAAUCGCUGCUUCCUAGUACUUGCGAGCACCAUAAGCACCGCACAGGAACACCAUAACCACCGUAAACCCCACAAAUCGCUAUCCUCCACCCACCCUGGGCCCAAGACCAGGAUCCAGCUUCCAGUGGGUAGACCUCUCCUAGUCCAGAGAGUGAAGCAGGUUGCUCUUAAAAGAGCAAGUGUUGUUAUCCAUGGGAGCGUAGUGAUGAUAGCAAUACCCAGAGUGAAUAUAGCUCUCCAAUCCCCUAAACAUGAGCCUAGACUUCAUGAAGAGUAAAACGAAUUUCUUUAAUGGCAGCCACAACUGGCCUUUUAUGCAGGUCCCCACGCAAGGGGCACCCCCCCGGACCUGGGAGUAGACUACAGUAAAAUCAUAUACACAAUUACAUUGGCUCUCAGGUCCAGGACACUCCCAUACACAAAAGGUCAAUCCCUCCCCUGUGCCUGGGAGAUAAUUGAGUCAAGCACUGUAUUAAAUAAAAUUAUUUCCAGGCACAGAAAACAUAAAUUUUUACAAAACCCCCAAAAUACCUCCAAAACAAUUAAAAACCCCACAAAAGUUACAUCCCCUGAUAGCUGUGGUGGCCAUUCACAUGGACCAAAACCGCAAAUAGACUUCAGGGGGACUUAGCCGCGAAUGCCUUGGAACAAUUUUCGGCAUGAAGACUUUGUGGUUCCUAGUCUGUCCCCAGCGGCACUUAUCCACGAUUCUAUGGAACUAUUUUCGGCAUGGGACCAUGCGGCGUUCGGUCAAAUUAUGACUUCCAGGAAAUUCCUGAACCGAUCUGGGUGAUUUUUUGCAUAUGUUGGUCACCCAGAUCAGUUCAGGAAUUUCCUGGAAGUCAUAAUUUGACCGCACGCAUGGUACCAUGCCGAAAAUAGUCCAAUAGAAUCGCGUCUAAGUGCUGCUGGAGACCGACCGGGAACCGCAAAGUCUUCAUGCAGAAAAAAGUUCCAUGGCAUUCGCGGCUAAGUCCCCUUGAAGUCUAUUCAAGGUUUUGGUCCAUGCGAACGGCUGCCAGGGAGCUAGCGUUCGGUUCUAUACGCAUGGAUGGAAAGUGCCGAACCAGUAGGAAUAAAAUAUGGGUCUUUACAGUCACUGACCUGGCCCAUAGUCGGUGGGCAGGAAGCCAGCUUCUACACUCCUCCAGGAGUCCCUGGAAAGCGGCAUUUGUCACAGUCAGCAGGUCUUUUUCAUGGUCUUAUCAUUGCAUGACUUCGUUAUGAAUCUUUAAAGGACGCUCCAGGCUGGUAUUGCAUGUGUGGCCCUCAUGGGGACGUGUAUAGUUUGUACAUGCAUCCCAUAACUAAGAUAGGCAGAGGGUUCCGCGUGUGAUAUCUGCAAGGGAUGAGGUGGGAUAUACUCAACAUUGUGCAAAGAGACAGGGAGAGGAGACUUAAUUUGUUAUUAACGCAUGAAAAUGUGCAAACAAACAGUCCGGUUGACCGUGCAAGCUCUGUCAUGAUCAGCCUAACCACAUACUAUGCAGAAGUUUGGUCCACCUUCUACGUGAUUCUGAGCUGCUUAGGUGGCAAAUGUCUUAAGUCCUCCACACACAAGCUCACACAGGGUUUUGCAAAGACAAAAUUAUACAGUUUAUUGUGUCCCUGCUUUUAUGUGAGCUAUUCGCUAGAAUUACCAACUAUAAACAUUGUAUCUUGAUUAAAUGUUGUUCACCUUCCCUGCCAUGCAAUACAAACAUAGGUUUAGAUUGCAGUUAAACACACAUUGGCUAAUCUAACCUGUCUGAAAGCACAGACUAUCUUCACAAAGUUCCUAUAUAUGCUUCUAGAAUUUUUAAAACUAUAUUUGUAUUUCUCACUACCAUUUAAAUUUAACCUAUCAUGCCAGGUUCUGUUUCACCUUUAAACACACCUAAAGCAGUCAAUACAUAAUUUAUCAUAAAGACAGAUUAUAUGUUUAUUUGCAUUAGGAGCAGUUGUGUAAUUUAUCUCCUGCCUCUCACUUCAGUGCAUCCAGUGUUUGAGAUCCAUGGGCAUUACACUAAUGUGACACAAACCCACUGAUUCCUCCUGUCGUUCCAUCCCUCCCCUCGCAAGACACAAUUGACCCUGCUUAGGAACUCUUCCCCACACAGGCCAGACCUUUCCUAGACACCAACAUGCACUUUAACAAUAUUACGUUUGUAAAGAUUAGGUUAAAGCGAGUGACUUAACACUAAAAAGACAGCCUAGAAGAGCUAUUUCCAAAGGUAGUGUUGCAUUCAGGAAACCCAAUAGAGUCUGCUACCACACCUGGAGCACUAUGGAAGGGAUCCACAGUCCUUUAGAAGUAUUCAAAAUCAAAUUCCAAAGUCUUCGCAUAGGACAAAUAGCAAGGAGUUUUAUUCAGGAUCAGGAGAACAAAUCUAUAUACUGUACAAAGUUUCGGUGUCAAGUUACAUGAUUAAGGCUUGACACUGAAACAUAUAUUAUUUUGAUUUGAUUUUGAUCCCAGAAGAGCUGUUGAUCAAAAAUAAAUUGGAGUGAAUUCUGUUUCCAAGACACUGUCCACACGUGUGGUUGUCAGUUCUGCCACUUGCUACACAGUCCUGUUCAUUGUUUAGCUUUGAAUUGGGCUAUGUGUAACUCAUAGCAUGUGCUGUGUGGUAUUCAGUAAGCAGCUCAACUAACCAAGUGUGUAUACUACCUGUCCCGCAAACCUCUCUACCGCUAUAUUGGCUUAAAAUUUUAAAUAACCCGGAGAGAGACUCAAAGGGCUGUCCAAACCUGGCCCUCAAUCUACCUGUGCAGUUUAAUUCACAUUAGUAAUCUGGCAGAGAAUUAAGAGAAAUGUUAUCCGGUAAUAAAAAUGUGCAUUAGUCUUUGAUCUACAAAUAAUCGCUCACUUUUUAUUAAAAAUGCAACUUGGAUCUAUCUGAAAUCUGUUAGCACACAGUAUUCCCCAAUUAAUUAUCACAAUGCUAUUACCUUGCCCUGGGCUCUUUUGGUUUUCUUUCCCCUUUUAAAGAAGAGCCAAGAACAUCUUUGUAGUCCUAUUUACUUGUAAACACCAUGUAAGUGUUGAAAUUAAAUUCUCUGCUUCAUUUGUGCAUUAGCAUUGUUGGAUUAAUGUUUAGAAUAGUUUUGUUUGCAAUAGUUUUUUGUUUAAUAUUUUUUUAAAUGUUAUUCAUUUGUAUUCCCCUUUUGGUUACUGUUGCUUUACAUAUACACCUUGACACACAGUGUGUGUGUGUAUGUAUGUGACAUACAGAUACACACACACUGGCACAUAAUGGCACACAGGUACACAGUGUUGUGUGUGUGUGUGUGUGUGUAUCUGUGUGUCAAAGUGUGUGUAUCUGUAUUUGUAUGUGCGUUUAUGUGUCUACACACAGAUAAACACACACACACACACACACACACUGGCACAUAGUGGCACACAGAUACACAUACUGACAGAUACACACACCUUGAUACACAUACACAUACACAUACUGGCACAUACACAUACUGACAGAUACAUUGACAUAUAUAUAUAUAUAUAUAUAUAUAUAUAUAUAUAUAUAUAUAUUUUAUUUGGUCUCGUUAUUUGACCCUGAGGAAAGUCCCGAACGGGGACUGAAACGUUGGUCGUUCUUUUAAACUUGAUUCAAUAAUUUUUUUUAUUUUUAAAGACCGGAGAGCAGCCAUUGCUAAUUUGGAGUUAUAUUUAUUUAUUUAUUUAUAUAUAUAUAUAUAUAUAUAUAUAUAUAACAGAUUCACACACAUUGGGAGAUACACACACUGACACAGGUACAGACACAUACACACACACGCAUGUUUAAAUUUGCCGUUCACUUACCUUUAUUCUGCAGGAGGAUGUUCAGUGCUGCUGGCUGAGGUUGGUGUUCUGCUCAUUCCACGCUGCUCCCUCUCCCCCUCCAGGCGGCGCGCUCUGUCUGGGAGGAAGUGCUGUCACUUCCUCCCAGCAUCCAAUACUACAGGGGUCCAGUCUCGGUUUUAGAUGAUCGCAGCACCUGACCAGACCCCUGUUUAGCGAUACCCAUCGCGUGACCCUAAAUGCUUGGACCACCUGAUGCGCAAAUCGCUGCAGAACCCCAAUUUUGUUCUCAUGAAACCCUGCUGCCCUACAGCAUUAAAUCAUUAUUUGCUUUCUCCAUUUAUUAAAGGGAUACUGUAGGCACUUUAACAACUUCAUCUUUUGUAGGACAUUAUAGAGCCCGGGGUCCCCUGGCACUGUCCUUCCAUUCAACGUUAACAUUUUUUAAUCGUUUACUUCUAAACGAGUGUCCCCAGCACUUCAACCUCUAUGUGCUGCUCAGGCUAAUGAGCAUUAGCAUGAGCAACAAUGGAUGAGAGUACCAGCUAAUCACUUUGUCUAUCACCGCGACUAUGAAUUGCUAUAGCUAGAAUGAAGUGUGUAAUUUCUGCCUUAGCCAUACAUCCAGUAGGGGCCGGGUUCUGGGUUGCCAUUGACCUUCAAUAAGUGUUAAACUGCUUUAAAAAUGGUUUAACACUGAAUAGAUCGACAGCGACAAGGUGCUCCAGCACUAGAACCAAUUCAAUGAGAUGAAAUGGGUAUAAUGUCCAAGGUGUCCCUUUAUGGAAUGAGCUUUACAGCCAAUCUGGCCAGUGAUAAACGCACACAAGGACAUAAUAAUGUUUAUUCCCUAAAUGCCGAAUUCUAGUAAUUGAAAAGCUGUUGCAGAAUUUAGGCAAAAAAAUGUUGAUUUGUAAAGUUUCUCAAACUCUGCUACAAUUUGGUUGUUUCCAACUCGCUACAAUUCAGCAUUAGUAAAUGAACGGCUAGCUAUCCAUAUGCUUUUGUAGCCCACUCUGGCUCAAGCCUUCCUUGAUUAGUUGACUAAACACUUAAAUUGUAAAGCUGCUGGUCUGCUGUGUAGCAUAGUAUCUGCAGUUUGCCAAAUAAUAAACUAGAAUGGAAGAUAAUUACCAGCGGCUCACACUUUCGAAUCCUCCCAAAUACACAGGCUGAACAGUAAUCUUCUAGCUCUGAUAAACUCAACACUUGCUACCUCUUAGGAAGUAAGCAAAUAAAUUGUUUCCUGGUAGCCACGGUUGAUCUAUUCUGUAGCUCAGGGAUUGCUAUUCUUGGCACGUGUUUGAACUUUUUUUCUUUUCUUUUUUUUAAUGAUUCACUAAUUGCAAAGUUAUUAAAGGAACACUUCCACCCCUAGGUAGCUUUCCAGGGUAGUCCAUGGGCUUAAAAGGUUUAUCCAAGGGUCAUAACCACUGCAACUCACUGUAGUGGUGAUGAUGCCACAAUUUUCCUGGCAAUGGAGCAAACCAUUUUAAAAUGUUUUUGCCCUCAUACCUGGAUCCCUGCUGGGUUCAGAGGCUCCCAGAUGGUUUAGUGAUGUACAUGCAGCUUCUUCUGGACAUCACUCUCAGCCAGCGAAUGAAAUUCUGUGCAUAGAAAUGACUCUCCAAUGAUGCUGACAGAGGAAGAGUUCAAUCUCCAGCAACAAAGAUUACACUCAGUUUGUGCAGUGUUUCAAAAGCCAAAGAGAUAGUAUAUAGAAUAAAUCUAUAAACAGAUCAGGGCUCAAUAGUCGCCGAGAUCAUCACCAAGAUUACUGCUUUAGACGAGGAUUUCUCCUAUGAAAGCGAAAAAUGGAGAACAAAUCGUAGUGCCCUGCUCUGUUUAUAGAUUUAUUCUAUAUGCUAUCACUUUGGUUUUUGGUGUAGUUGGAUUGGGGAUUGAUCCAGUGGUCAGCAGCCAGCCUGCACUUUGUUUGCACAUUUUCCCACCCACUUAUAGUUUUUGUGUGCAGUGUUUCAUAUUGAAACGCUGCACAUACAGACUCCAGGCACCAUGUUUACUUCAAAUCACUAAAGGGGUCAUGGUAGAUGGAGUAACCCUUUUAAAGCCUGUGUCUAUAGUAUUUUAGUGGCACUGACAAUUGGCAACCUCUUGGAUUCUAGGAAAACAAUGUCCAUAGACCUUCUUAUAAUAUACUCCGAGAAGUGAGCAUCUACCACCUAGCAUCGAUAUGUUUAGGAACCCUGACUUCUAGGGUUUGUGCAGCUGUGGGCUAGCCUUUAUCUAUGUAUAAGCACAUGGUUCAGUUGUGCUUGCCAUUUUGUAUAGAAUCUGUGACAUAACUUCACUCAUCUGAUUUUGGGCCAUGUAUUAGAAGCAGCAAAGUCAAACAAUAUUAAAUUAUGUUUGCAAUUAUAUUAUAAAGGACUCAAGUGGAACCUUUUGAAUGACCUAUGUUGGCACUAGACGAGAUAAGCUCUCUGUUUAAUGGAUUAUCUCAUAUGCACAUAGGUGACUCGUUCAUUGCCUCAAGUAGACCUUUUACAAUGAUAGACAUUGAGCGUCCUAUUAUCCUGUCAGGAAAUCAUGAACAUCUGCACAGUUGUGGGGGGUAGAGAGAGCCUCAAGGACCAACACAGAGAACAUAUGUUUUUUUAACAAUGGACACUUGUCACGGUCUUUCAGAUCUAUGUCAAACAGCAAGACCGUACAGCCAGUAUUAACCAAGAUGUCCGGGUUGCAAAGAUGAGCCUCAUUGACCUGGCUGGCUCAGAACGUGCUUCCACCACUAAUGCAAAGGGCGAGCGUCUACGGGAGGGAGCCAACAUUAACCGUUCUCUUCUGGCUCUCAUCAAUGUCAUCAAUGCACUUGCCGACGCCAAGGUACGCCUUGUCCCUCUGGGUCUUCCGUUCUGUUUCUGCAAAAGCUGAUAUUUUUCAUGUGAGUCGAAUGUUUGAUUAGUAUCUCCUUGUCUACCAACUGGAUGAAAGGUCUUCCAUGUCUGCAUGCCUGUUGUGUGUUAGCUUAAUUUGUACUUUUUGAUCGCAUGCAAGUAAUGUGUAAUGUUUUCCUUGCUAGAGACUAGCUUUGCAUUUGGCAUGGACUAAUUGUGUUUACAUUUCUUAAGACGGAAAAACAAAAUGACAAAUCCAGGAUGUUCCACAAUAGCAUAUCCAACAAAACCCUUUCUGUGACAUGUGUUUCUUAUUUCGUAAAGUUAAGAUUUGGGGGUUUUUUUGUUUUGUUUUUUGUGCAGGUUAGAUGUUUUUUAUUGGGCUUUUCAUGAGUGCAGCAAAUGUUGGAAAAUACUUUAUUGCUUUGAAAUCAUACAAACCGCAACAGUUAUGAAAUGUUUCUUUUUUUCUAUGUAGUUGAGAAGAACUUUGCAUUUAAUGGUUUCCUCGUUCAGGAAUUUGUUAGUUUUUAGUGAUCUGGCACAAAUAACGCUUCUCAAUUUUUAUGACCAACUUUAUUAAAUAAAUACACAGACUUAUAAAAAGAUUGAUCUACAGUGCAUGUGUUGUGAGAUCACAAAUACAAGAGUAGUAGCAUGUGUUGGUGAUAAUUUGUGUACCUAAUUUGUGAUUGUUGUCUCUGUGGUUAAUAGAGCAGGAAGGCUCAUAUCCCAUAUCGAGACAGUAAACUGACCCGGCUUCUGAAGGACUCAAUUGGUGGCAACUGCCGAACAGUCAUGAUUGCUGCCGUAAGCCCAUCUUCUCUCAGUUAUGAUGAUACCUACAACACACUCAAGUAUGCAAAUCGUGCCAAGGAGAUCAAACUGUCGGUGAGUCCUUACAGAUACAUUUUGCCUCUUCCCAGAGUUGUGAAUUGAAUACCAUUGACUCUAGGUGAUUUCUAGAGGCGAGUUGGAUAAAGACAGAAGAGUCUAAAAGUCAGGGAAGGGCUUUUCAAAGUAGUAAAGUGGAAAGAAGGUUAAGGAUGAUAACAGAACAGAAUUUUGUAUAGGCUGGAGCUGAAUGUGAAGGAAACUCAUACUAAAUUGCAGUGAGCAAUGCAGGACAUGCAGUGCAAGAAUCAAAGUACAUUGAAUGAGAAACGGGCUAGUAUCGUAUUCUCAAGGUUGCGGAGACUAGAUCAAUAAGGGGAUUAAAGCAGAUCUAUCACCGAGGGGGGAGGGAGUGGGGCUUCACAUAUUUGUCAAAGACCCUCAAUGGUGAUAUCCCACUUGAUGUGCAGCUGAAGAUAGACAUACUUACUCUGAAGCUGACCAUAGGGGGACUUCCAUCUUUUUUUUCUUCAGCUUUUGUCACUUCACCAUUUUUUAUUGGAUAGUUGUGUUGUAGACAAGGUAAGAACGUGGACACAAUUUGCAGUGGAAUAAAAUAUGUUGAGAAACAAGUGAUCCAGUGAUACAUAUACAUACUUGGGCAUUCCUCCCAGGUUCAUAGAUUAUUUCAUUUCCGAAGCAGUGGAUGGUAUACUUCCUUUAUGAUACAGUAACUAAUGUGGUUCAUACAACAAGCAGGACUGGUGUUUUGAUUACUCAUUCAGUGCACAGAAUUAGAUCUAUAUCUUUGUGAUACUGAUUUUUUUUCUUUUUUUUUUUUUUUCUUCACAUAGUUGAAGAGUAAUGUAAUCAGCCUGGAUUGCCAUAUCAGCAAAUAUGCCAUAGUAUGUGAAGAGCUUAAAGCCGAGGUGAGGUCAACAGUCUACAUCUCUAAUAUGAUAAAAUCGCUCAAUAUUAAGCUGGGAGGUUUUGACUGAUCUCUUACCGUUUAUGUAUUAGGUUGCAGAGCUAAAGGAGAAGCUUCGGUUAUACGAAAUGAAGGAAGUCUGUCCUGGACAGCCUGAUGAUCUCUCUGAAGAUAAGAGUCCAGAACACAAAAGGUCCUUCAGGUAUGUUCUUAUUGUAGUUGGUCUUUAGAAGGCAGCAGGUUUAUUAUGGAUGUUUGGCACGUGAUAAAUAAAAAUGAAAUGUGCAUCUGAAUCCAGUCACGAAUUUCUAAGAUAUUUAAGUAUUUGUAGAGAAAGGACAUUGGGAAUAGUGCCAAAUUGAAUGUUAUCAUUUAUUUUUUUCUACCCUUUUACAUUAUUUUAAAACAAUUGCCAGCAAGAUGGAUACUCUUAAAUUUGGUUCUGAAUUUACAAAUACAACAUGACUUUUCCAAAGCACGAAAUGCACGUGUAUGGUUAGCUCCAAGACUAUAACAGAUUAUAGGUCACAGUUAAUGUCACCUUUUUUUCACAUGGUUACUUAUGACUGUAAUGAAAUACAAAAUCCCUCUCCCCUGGCAUCAGAGGAGGAAGUUUAAAGGCUUUGCUGAAGUGUUUUGCAGUCAACAGAAUGUCCCUUUGUCUUAUUUUAUAAAAGUGCAGAUUUCAAGCGUCAUAAGUUGCACCUUCGCAGCGAUCAGAUUGGCAGCUGGAGGGCGCGCUUACUUGCUGUUGCUCAAAGCACAAGGCAUUGUUUAGAGAAGCAUUGAAUUUAAUGCUUCUCUAUGAGAAGUGUUCUGUUGGCAUAGCAAUGCUUCCAUUCAUUCUCUUGACACAGGGAAUCCUCACUAGUGAGAUUGUCCUGUUGGCAGAGUGGAGCUGUGUCAAGGAGACACUCUCACCUCUGGAUUAAAGAUAAGCAACUGCUUUAGUUAGAGGGUGGCACUAAGCACCAACACCACUUCAGUGUAAUAAGGGGAUUUUGGUGUAUAGGUAAAGUCCAUGCAGUCUUAAUGCUCUGUUUAUGUAGACCUAGCCACACUGUACUAGAAUACACUAUUGCAAAUUACUAUUUUCAGUCUACCUAGAAAGACCAAAACUAUUCUCUUUUAUUGUGGGACAAUACUCCUGGGACACGAGCUAGCUGGUGUCCAACAGAAGGUUCGGUUGUAUGCUGGAGGGUGUGCACCAUUUAGCACACUUGCUACGUUAUUGGCAGUGUUUUCUCCUCCACGGAUUUGUGUUAACUCUGGAUACUUAUCCCUCUUAUUGGGACUGUGGACCUACCAAGCUAUUGAUGUUAAGCUUAUGUGUGUUCCUUUUUGGACACUGGGUGCAUUGCAUAAUUGGUAAUACCAUUUGAGCUUUCUAGUAAUGGAUUAUAUUUGGACAUUUGGCUUACAUUUUUUUUUUUAUAAGAGCUGCAUUUUUAUAUAUUCAGUUUUAUGCAUGGUAAUUGGAGAGUAUUUAGCACCACAGUGAAAUAGAAUUAAUGUACAUGUAUGUUUGGCCAUGCAGAAGAAUAUAGCUUCCUCCUGAUAUUACGAGCUGAAUAUGCAGACUUAUUUUUUGGGGCGUGGGAGUGGUUUUUGUUUGGUUUGUUUAUUUUUAGUAGGUAUAUUUUUUUCGCAUGUUACUGCAGUUAUAAGUAACCACGUGCAAGAAGACUGAGACAAGUGACCUUCUUGCACCAUAACAUGUGCAGCAUGAAGUGUAAGUGGCUAUGGUGCAUUGAGGGUCCCUUUAAAAACAAACCAGUUGCUAUGCUGCUGCCCUUCUACAUCAUUACUCAGGGGUUUAUAAUAUUAUCAAAGCAUUAAACAGAAAAAAAUAUGUUUAUCCUUUGCCUGUCUUCACGUAUGUCCAGGAUGUUUAGAUCAGAAACUCAGACGAUUUUCAUCAAUAAAUGUCGGGCAAGUGUCUGGUUUGCUGAUGACAGCAGAGAAAUAUUUUCAUACCCUUUUAUCUUGUCUGCUGCUCAUAUAUUUGAUACAAUCCCAAUCCAUUGUUACAUAUGAUGACAGCCCCUCCCAGGCCAGACAAUCUGGAACAAUUUAUCAAAAUAUGUAACAUGUGCCUUGCAUGCUGCAGGGUUUAGGAAACAUUUCUCAUUUUAGAUGGUGUUUGUUUUCAUUAUUUCAUUUAAUUUCUCACAGUGUAGAUUAAAUCUGGACAAAAAAAAAAUGUAUUUAUAGGGGGUGCAACGAGGGUGCUUAAUGUUUCCCUUUGUUAAUUUUUUUAAAAUUAAUUUUAUUGUCCUAUUUAGAAACAAUUUAGUUACAAACUGUGAAAUCGGUUUGAUGCAGUCAUAUGCCCUUGUCUGUGUUUCUUGUCAAGUGCAUUAUUUUGCAAUUAAAUAUCUUCUGAUACUUCUCACAAUCAGAUGGGAAUAUCAUAACCCAGAGAUCCUGUUGGAGCAGGUUCAAUCUUUCCUUUCUUGGUGUAUAGUUAUACUAUCCAUGUCAGCCUUCAAAGGUCUCUGAUAUUUACUGUAAGCUUACCUUUAAAAUCAACCAAGAGUUGUUCCUCUGUAACAAAGCGUAAAAUGUCCUGAAUUAUCUGACAGACAAAAUAUUUUAAUUGAUUUUAUCACAAAUUUUCUUUGUCUAUGAUUGACUGCAGAAAGCGUGGGAGACCCAAGCUUUGUUUCAUUCAUACAUCAUUCUGUUGCUCGUUUUCCUGGCACUAUGGGGUUAUUCGGUCCCCCCCCUCCUACUGGGCUGAAGGGGUUAAAACACCUUCAGCCACUUACCUUUCUCCCGCGCCAGGCUCCCUCGGCGCUGGGGAACUCUCUUCCUCCUGCCGACGUCAGUGCCGAAUGCGCAUGUGCGGCAAGAGCCGCGCGCGCAUUCAAACCGCCCAUAGGAAAGCACUAUUCAAUGUUUUCCUAUGGACAUCCAGCAUAUUCUCACUGUGAUUUUCACAGUGAGAAUCGCGGAAGCGCCUCUAGCGGCUGUCAAUGUGACAACCACUAGAGGCUGGAUUAACCCUCAGUAAAACAUAGCAGUUUCUCUGAAAUUGCUAUGUUUACAGCAGGCAGGGUUAAUCCUAGAUGGACCUGGCACCCAGACCACUUCAUUGAGCUGAAGUGGUCUGGGUGCCUAUAGUGGUCCUUUAAUUUUUUUUAAUGUUUUUUGCAUUCUCUUAGUUUUCAUUAUGUGCACAAACAGAAAUCAUUUGGAUAAUACACCCUGUAAAUUCAUGUCUAGAAGGGGUGAGGCAUUUGUCUUCCUUCCUUCCUACAUUUUCUUGUGUAUUCAUAUCAAGAAGACUGUGGUUUUUUUUUUUUGUUUUUUUUUUAAUAAAUCCGUUGCAUUCUCCCAUUUAAGAGCAUUGUUUUGUAAAAACUCCCAGAUAAUGGUUUCCAUUAAAAGGUCUCUCCAACCCAAAAACUGUGACUACUGUGACCAAUAGAUACAAAUCAAUUAACUACUGUGAGAUGCCAUACUGAGGCCAAGUUCUCCAUGCAGCCUGAUCCUCCGGUGUUAUUGUGUUAAUGAUAUCUGUGUUUCAUGGUUUCUGUGCAGGUGAGAGACUAGAGUCCUUACAAAAACAUGAUGGUGGAGAUUUAUUAAAGAGUUCUGUUCAGAAACAUGAAACAAAAAUCUAAAAGGGGAGAAGUCAUCAGUGGAUUGUGCCUGUCUGUUCCAUUGGUUUCCAUAGAUUUCCCCCACUGUAUUCUACAUCUUAAUGCAAUCGUAUGAUCAAGAGAGUUUGGAAGCAAAAUCGGGGCAGGAAUUUGUCCUCAGACUAAUGUGGUUUGAGAAAAGGACAUAGGGCGUAUUUUCUCUUAUGCCCUUGUUGGUUUUCUAUCUUCAUGUCAGAUUUCUAAGUCUCUUUGAUUUAACACAGGAUAGAGGAGCCAACGUGUACAUCCAGCCCUGAACAAGGAUUCAUAACUGGCACACAGGCACCAGCAGCGCGGUCUUCCCAACGGCUCAACCAAAAGCUUAUCAAACUGUGGCUCAAGGACAAAGAAGACCAGGUAAUGUGUAAACUCUAGGAAUCAGGAAUGUUGUUCAACGAAUCUUCAAUUCACUGGAACACUGAGAAUGGGGGAAACACAUUUGUUCAGGUCUCAGUAAAAGUUUUAGCUGCCUUUUGCAGUUACAGAGACACAACUUAAACCUUUUCCAAAUAGGUAUAAUCCUGCCUUUAAAGAAAUUCCUGAAUGGAAAUGGAAGCAGGUCCUCACCCCCUCCACCCCCCACUCCCCUGGCCUAGAAGAUAGAUCACUGUUCUUGACCUUCUUAGGGGUCUUGUCACUGAGGUGUAGCAGAUACCCGCAGGCACUGAGCACCAGGUCCAUAUCUUUGUGAUGUAAAUAUUGAUAUUGGUACUUUGGCGAUUUUUAAUUAUAAAGGGAUACUAACUUGUUGGUGGGAGAAAUCUCAUUCUGGUUAAUAAUGAAAACCAUUAACAGAUUCUAAUGCCUUUUUUAUUAUAACUGUAGCCAGACCGUUAAAAACUUUAAUUUGUUUUUAUUUAGUUUUUCCUGGCACGCAAUAGCGGUUUCCUCUCAAGCCCCAUGAUUAUCGUUUUCUAAUAUAAACUGGUAAUGAGUGUUUGGGAAAAUUAAAAAAUAUACAAAGACUGAAACUGAAAAUGUUAUUAGACGCAAGCAUCUCCCUGGGUCUUUCUAGAACACUAAGCAUGCACACCAUCAUGUGUUUCCCAUGUAACUCAGUGUCCACUUCUGCACUACAAGUCCUGUACAUGGAUCAUGAAUUAUGUGUAGCCAGUGAACUCUGUCAUUUUAAUGCAAACUUAAAAUUAAAAGUGGUUGUUUACCAGAUAGGCUCAGAGAAACAGGUGAUGCUCUCGGCCUAUCAUUGGCUCCCAAUUCAGAAAACAUAGUGAAAAGGGUACUUAUCUCUUCCAUUCCAUUUUCUGAAAGAGGAUUUCGUGAUAGGCUAAACAUACUUGCAGACAUAUUCGUGUUCUAGGUAUUUUUUUUUUAUUUUUUAUUUUUUCAUGCAUUUUGUUUAAUAUAGAUCACGUGACUUCUUAAAUUUGUUGUAAGACUCUAACAAUAUUUUAUAGUGUGGACAUUUUCUGUUCUAUUGUUUUUAUCCCCAUCUUGUACUAGGUCCAACUCUUUUACUGUCUCUGGACGAUUAUUCCAUGUUUCCUCUGUGUUUUCCAUGAUGUUGUUUGUUACAUUCCAUUUAUACUUUUAACCCAUCUGUGGCGAAACCGACCUCGCCACUGGGCAUUCGAGAAGACUGAUUGCCAGCCUCCUGCCAUGUGAUUAUGGCCCAUGGGAUAUAUUGCCCUUUAAAGACAUUGUUUGGGCUAUUGGACUCUGCUGGCCCUUUAAGAACCGUCUGGGGACAUAGAGACAAUGCCCCUUUAAGACUAUGUCCCCAGACCUUUAAAAUUCUUUGUUUGUGGCUUUUUCACACUUGGUUUAGUAAAUGGGGCUUACUGAACCAAGUACCAUACAGGCGGACCACCCAGAAGUGGAAGUGUGCAGGCAAUUUACCUCCUAGGCUGGGAGCCUGCUGUAGGUAAAUUGCUGACCGCUGGGUGGCGGCCGUUCAUACAAACGAACACGUGGCGGCCAUCUUUGUUCAUUCGUACGCGGUCAGCGGUGUGUGCCCCUGAAUCUAUGGAACUGAAAACGGCUACACGUUUAGACGAACACAGCUGACCCUUACCGUCUCCCCCACUUCGACACUGGGGCUGGAGACUCGUUCGAACGCUCGUUCAAAUGGGACUUAGCCAUUUUUCAGUGAGAAAUUGACCGACCGCACAGUCCAAAUCUAUGGAACUGUUUUGGGCAGGAAAAUGUGCUUGCGUUUGGUCAUAAAGGGACCUCCACCUAACUUUUUAACCCCUGAACGGAUUUCCCUGAUUUUUGAGUAUGUUUAUGUUUAAAGUAUUCUGAUUCUGAAAAUGUAUGUUUUAUGUGAGUGGCAUGUAUAUUCUGCCUGUGAUAAUUAAGUUAGUCUAUUGUGUUGAGAUAACUAUAUCACAGGCAGAGGGUAGGAUUUUGUGUGUAAUUGAUGGGAGUGUCUGAGUGUAUUGUGCGUAUUGAUUGGUUGUUUUGCAAAACCCUGUGGGCAGGACUGUGUGCAUAAAAGCAGAGUGUUUGAUUAAAAGCUUCAGUUCUACUUCACCCUCAAUUUGGAGUCUCGUCUCUUAUUGGGGGAUCUGUUACAAGGGAUUGCUAUGCUCUGCAUAUUUCCUUGCUAUAAUCACUCCUAGGCUCUUUUAAGAGCUUGUUCCUGUCUUGCUCUCUGAAGGGGUCUACAGUGGGUAUGGUGUCGGCUGGAGUGCUUGGAGCCCUCAGGAAGCACUAGGAGCAUCCUUCAAUGGAGGUACCCAGUCGGGGUGCCAGGUGAUCCGUUAAACCAUCCAUGGCUUUUGAUAUAAGUGCUUUGUUGCCACGGCAUUUCCAUUCUUUAAAACCAUCCUCUACAAUGCUCAAGUUCAUUUGAUGUAUUAGAGCGUUUUACAGCCAGGAAUCAUUGGAAACUUCAUUGGAAAUAUAUCAACCCUUUAAUUUGUUUUCGUUUGUGUGAUCUAUAUUUACCAUACUUUGCUAGUCCUUUCUAUAUCUCUUUUCUGUUGAUCUAACAUGAUCAAUUUUGUUCAUGAUUGGAACGAGAAUAGGGAAGGAAUUUUCUUUUUAAGACCUAUCAUACUUGGAGUUUGAUGUAAGCAUCUGACUUGCAUCUUCCCAUCCAAAGGAAUGUUAUCGUUCUGGUCACAUUUUUCCCUUCUUCUAAAUCAUGUCUAUAUUAUAAGCACAUGAUAGGUAUUCCCCGUAAAACUGUCUACAAGUGAAAGCUUUCCUGUUCUCAAUAGCUUAAAAAAUACUUAAUCUAUGUUGCUAUACCACCAGGACAUAAGCAUGUUUUUCCCUUCUAAGACAACUGUGUGAUUUAUAGGAUACUCUGAAAUUCCUCGAUACUAAGAGCUGGAUAUCUCCUGUCUGUAACACAUUUCAAAGUACAAAAUUGUACGCCAUCUAUGUAGGAAACGGUAAAUUAAAUUUUCAUCAGUUAACAUUAAAAUAAUGUCUGAUAGAAGGGGAGAGGUUGUAUACACUUCAGCGAUCCACUCGCCAAACUUAUCUCUUACAUUCUUUCUAUUAUCAAGGGAAUCCUACAUUUUAGAGGGGGACAGAACCCACCCUAUUGCAUUGUGGGUAAUAUAAUCCGUGCAUUAUUAAACUGUAAUUCACAGUAUGAUUGUUAGUGUAUCUGUCCUUAAACUAAAAAAACCAUAGCUCUAACAUAGACUCUCAUACCUACAUUUUCACAUAACAUAAUAAGACAUAUAAUGGUAAACCUUGCAUUGUGGGAAGAUGUCAUUUCAGGAUUCUCGAUAGUUCUAAAUGUUUUUUUUAUGAUGUAUGUAGAAUCCAUAGAUGAUGUUUUCACAUAAUGCACUGUAGCAAAUGUUUUUUUUUAUUUCAUUUUUCUUUACUAAAUUACUGUCACAGGUGUUAAAUUUGGAUAUGGAUAAACAUUUUAAAUGUAUUUCUCUAAAAAAAAAAAGUGUUUUGGUUUUUUGUUUCUUUUUUCCCUCGUUACUUUGGGGAAAAUAUUCCCCCAGGUCUUUCAUCACCUGGUUAGGGUUCAUUGAUCACAUCCUGGACACACUUUCCAUGUGCAUAUCUUUCUGAUGUCUUUAGCAUCUGUAGCAUUUGGCCCCAUUCAUGAAUCACAGUCGUAUUCCUGGGUUGCUUAAGGUCACAGUAUGUGAAAUCGCAAGGCAUGUUUUAGAGCUUUCUUCCUUUUACGCAUCUCGGAAUCUGAUGGGUUGCUUUUAGAACAAUAUGUUUUGGUGAUAACGGGCAACGGACUUGGCGAUAAAUUGUGGGUCGCUCUAAAUCACCUUCUAAUGUUGAAUUAUAAUCCCAGUGAUUCACUUGGCAGAUGUUUACAGGAAUUAUAAAGGACAGGGAGAAAAAUGUAGGUUACUUAUCCCUGCAGAUCCAUGGUCCUUCAACGUAUGUAGGAUACAGGAUAGUAGUUUUUUUUUUUUUUGUGUGUGUGUGAGAUUUCUGUCUGCAUGGACAGUGUGUACACAUUUGUUUUAAUUCUGUCUGAACCAUAUAUAUAUUCUUUUAGUUAAAUAGCUACCACCGAUGGGCUGUAGUGGUUAUGGUGUUUAGAUGACCACUAUCCACUAUAAGGAUAAUGCAUUCAUAAAAAUUGCCAACUUUUUCAAUAAAAAAAAAUUAAAUUAUUAUAUUUAUAUAGCGCCAACAAAUUACAUAGCGCUUUACAAUGGGUGAACUAACAAACAUGUAGUUGUAACCAGACAGGUUGGACACACAGAAACAGAGGGGUUGAGGGCCCUGCUCAAUGAGCUUACAUGCUAGAGGGAGUGGGGUAAAAUGACACAAAAAGGUAAGGAUAGUAUUAGGGAAGUAGAUUGGUAGAAUAGUAUUCAAUGAAGACUUGGUGAGGGUUUUUGUUUUUAUUUUGAGCCAUUAACAGUUUAAUUGAGAUGCUUUUGUGAAAAAGUUUUUAAUGCUUUUUUUUGAAGAAGUGGAGACUGGGUGAAAGUCUAACAGAAAAGGGAAGGGAGUUCCACAGAAACAGUGCAGCUCUAGAAAAGUCUUGAAUGCGAGCAUCAGAGGUGGGAGUACGAACAGAGAAUAGACGCAGAUCUAGGGAGCAUACAUAGGUGGGAGUAGCGUUAUGUAGAGAUUGGAAAGCAAGAACCAGAAUUUUAUAUUGAGCCCUAGAUCUUACGGGAAGCCAAUGCAGGGACUGGCAGAGGGGUGAGGCGUGGGAGGUGCAGGCGGACAGGAAGAUGAGCCUAGAAGUUCCCUGCUGGAGCCUUUAGUAGGUUUGUUGUAUCGGAGUUUUCAUGUUACUGUAGGUGAUCAUUCUUGUAACAAGUGAACCAUUGAUUAUUAUGUUUGUACAAUUAGAGGUCUCUCUUGGAGGAGUCUAAUUUAUUUUAUAUUAUUCAGGAGUCAAGGAGCAGCAGCUUUGCGGGAGAGGAAGAAAAGGCAUCACUAUGCAUGUCUUCCGAGUCGGCAACUUCUGAUCACGAGAGGUGUGUCCGUGAUUCAAGUAAUUGGGGCUAUGCUGGGAUUACUGAGAUAUGUCUAUUCUCUAAUCAUUAUAUAGUGUAUGUGCUAGCCGAUGUGUAUUGCAUGCAAAUAUGUUACUUGGGCAAUGCUUUCUUUUUACAAUUGUAUUUUUAUAAACAUAUUUUUAAUACUUAAGAAGGCCAUUCUUUAUAUAAUUUGCAUGUGUAAUUUAUUUGUACUUUUGUUGAAAAACAUUUCCUUAAUCUUUUUUUUCUUUUUGUAAAACUUAAUAGACCUGCAAUUGGUACUGGAAUAUUUUGGCUAAUAAGACCUUUUGUUUCAGGUUGGUCAAGGCCCUAUUAAGUAUGGUCCGAAAGCAACAUGACAUCCUUAAAGGUGCUGAUCUUCUCACCGCUGACUUGGACACUGAAAUGCAAGAACUGGAACAUCUGGUAUUAGGAGGUUCGAGUGUGGAUUCAAUGGAAUCUAUAGAGAGUGAGCAGAAGACCGAAGUUUGUGAAUCAGAUGCCAGCAAGCACCUUGAGGAAAAGGGCUUACAGUUGCCGUCCAUUGAUGGUAAGUUUUAUUUCUUGUAGAUCCAUAAAAAAUCUAAUAAUACAACCUCUUUAUUUGAUUGAACCAUUUGAUGUUUUAUGGAUUUUGUCUUGGCAAAUCUCCUGUUUUAAUUCUGAUCUCGUAGAAUUUGUACAACAUUAAUUAUGUACACCCAGCACCUGUCAGUGCACUCUUCAGUUCUGACAUCCAAUGUGUUCUCAUAUUACCUUAACUUUAACAUACAAUGAACACAUACAUACGGGUGGAGGGGAUGCAAGAUGGGGAGGGGGCACAGUAGACCACAUCAUCUACUUUAUGGAAGUUUUUUUGGUUUCUUUUAAUAAAUAUAGACAUUUCUGGUUCACAGUUUUCACAUAUAAAUACACAUCAAUGACUCACUAAUGCACAAUAGAGUCUGUAUUUUACUCUGGACACGUAUAAACCUGUAUUUUUCCGACUUGCAAAAGAUGUAAAUUAUUUAAUGGUGUUAAAUUUUAUUUUGAAAACAAAAGUGGGGUGAAAUGGUUAAAGGAACACUUUAAGGUCAGGAACACAAACAUGCAUUCCUGACCCUAUAGUGUUAAAACCACCAUCUAGACCCCCUGGGCCCCUCAUGCCUCCAUAAAUAUAGCAAAAUCUUACUGUAUUCAAGCCUGAAGCCGUGGCUCUGCAUGCUGUUUGCCUCAGAAAAACAAGCUGUCUGCUGACAUCAUCAGAAGUGGUGGCCUGAUCCAAUCACAAUGCUUAUCUAUAGGAUUGGCUGAGACUAACAAGGAGGCAGAUCAGAGCAGAACCAGCACAAUUCAAACACAGCCCUGACCAAUCAGCAUCUCCUCAUAGAGAUGAAUUGAAUCAAUACUGAAUGUUUGGAUGCAUUUUAGGCAGCCAUGACCCAGGAAGGAUCUCUAACAGCCAUCUAAGGAGUGGCCAGUGAAGUUAUCACUAGGCUGUAAUGUAAACACUGCAUUUUCUCUGAAAAGACAGUGUUUACAGCAAAAAACCUGAAGGUAAUGAUUCUACUCACCAGAACAAAUUCAGUAAGCUGUAGUUGGUCUAGUGACUAUAGUGUCCCUUUAACCCCUUAAGGACCAAACUUCUGGAAUAAAAGGGAAUCAUGACAUGUCACACGUCAUGUGUCCUUAAGAGGUUAAUUUCACCAUCGAGAUAUACUUGAGUUAAAAAAACAACCCAGAUUUGCUACUCUGGUGUAUGCUUUAAGAAUCCUUGCCCCAUGGAGCCGAUGGAUGAACACAUCACAGUUUGUAACUUUUUACUUCUUGUAACUUUUCAUUUGCGGUGAUGGAUUAAGCGAGUAGGUUGUACUGUAUUUUCCUCUAGUUAUCUGAAGCGUAAAAUUGCACCCUCCUAGCAGGAGGCAGGACCCACAGUGCAGUAAUGAAAACUCAUUCAGACAGGGAAGAGCGAAGGGCACAGAUGUGAAACAGUUAGUUUGCAUGUUUCAGCCUCAGGCAUAUUCCAUGAGUUGCUCUUGUUAUAAGAGGGGACAGUGUGAGACUUGGAUUAAUAGAGAGUAAUUGAAUUCUUGCUUAAAAAGUACAAAGUUGCAUUCUGGACUUCGUUAUUAAAAACACGUACGCGUUGACUGCAUGGCCUUGGCAUUGGGACAGAAUAGUUCUUUCAUGCAAGGGCAUUUGUGUUCCUGUAAUGAAGCAAACAAAUGAAAGCAAUGAGGUUUUACAGAGUUAAAUUGUUUUCAGUUGGUCCUGGCUGAAUCCAACCCAUUGUAUUUAAAAUGUUACUUCAAACAAAAACAUUGUUUUUGGUCAGCGUAACCCUCAUUAUGCUGAUCCCCCACUAUGUGCAGUGUUUUGCAGCAAAAUGGUGGACAUACCAACUGCAAGCACCAUGACCACUUCAAAUUUUCAAAAUGAAGUGGUAUGUUUACUUCUCUGACAGUUUCUGACAUCCCCCAACCCCCAUAAAGGCUACUGACGCACUAGGAUGUCAAAUGUCAUGUGUGCGGAGGCAUCCCUUUCAUAGUGUCACAUGUGCCAUGGAGGAAAACCAAAUAUAUAAAUAUAAUAUAAUAUUUGUGUGUGUUUGCUGAGACACUCUAUUAAAUACCACAAAGAGGAAUUACUGCACCAUUUCACCCACGAGCACUACUCUUGCAGAGAUCGUAAAGUCAAAAUACUCAGGAUGGGAUUUGAGAAACAUAUUUGAAGCCAGAAUGUUCCAGUUUUUUAACCGCAAAAAAAUAGGGGAAUAAGUUAUUUUAUCUCUUUUUUUUUCCCUACACUGAUUAUACCUGAUCACGAAUAACGUUUGAAUUAUAUGUGUUAUGUUCAAACAUGAUAUAGUUUUGAUAAAGGGAGGGUGUCUUGAAAGCUUGCAAACUGAAAAUUCUUUUGCGUAUUUUAGAUAUUCCCUCUUCUUGAUCAUCUGUCACUCAAACAGCUAAUUGUACCUUUAGGUGAAAUGAUGAGAUAUUUUGUCACUUGUGCCUUUCACCUCUGACGUCGGCAAUUAAUGCUUCGGGGGUCAGACACAUAAUAGCUGAACUUUGAUCAAGGCUGGAAACUCAUCCCAACCCUAAUACUACAAUAAAACUUAAUGCUAAUUCUUUCAUACCUUUUCCUUGAUUGUCACUAAGCCUGUUAGUGUGUUUUGCACUGAUCACAUUCAAAAGUUUUAACUUUUCAACAUUCUCACUGACUGCGGCUCAUGAAAAGAUGUAGUUCAACAGCCUGAGAACUGCUUUUUUGCUACCUGUGUCUAAAUAUUUCAAAAGCAAAAGAGCAACAGUCUGUUAAUGACCUAAAAUAUCCACUCCAGUCUGUGGGUAGCUGGGAUCCUGGAUAUUGUAGUUCAUUAACAAGUGGAUGAGUUAACUUUUGAAGAAAAUCUGUUGCAAAUGUUAAUUUCACUUUUGUUCUCACCAUCUUAUGGUUUUCCUCCAGAUGGUGAAGUCGAUAAACAAGAGGUGGUUGUUGACCCAGCUCCUCCUGCUAGGAAAAGGAAUCCAGUGAAACGCAACAGACGAGAGAUUCUUCCAGAUGCAAGUCCGUCGCUUAAAAGUCCAAUGGUUCCAAUAAAGAGAAGAAGGCAAGCAGAGUCAUGCACCCCAUCGAAAGCCAAGGGGCCCCCUGUACCUAGCACCCCAGAGGUGCGGGUGAAGAGGCCAAGAAAAUCUUCAAUCCCAAGUAGAAGCCGGAUAACCCUUAGAUCCAGUACCCAAAUGUUUUCUUACAAAUCUAAUGAACCCUCUAUUGGCCAACCCUUGAAACAGACUUCUGUUUGCACUCCAAAACACAUUUUGCAAGUAAAACCAGAUGUGUCCUCACGUACUGUCACUAAAGCACGUAUGCCUCUGGGCACAUCUGCUGCUCAGAACUGUGCCUCUGUCCCUCCUGUGGCCUUGUCUGUUAGAGACCUGAAUACUACGUUUGAUUUGUCAGAUGAGAUAUGUUCAGCACCAAUCCUGGACAAAACCAUGUCCUUUGGAGCGUCUGAGUUUUCUGGCUGGGAGAAUGUGGAUUCUCGGAAUAUAGACAGCACGUUCGGCAAAAGGUAUGAUGAUGUGCUCUACUUUAUUCUAGUUUAUUGUGGUGACAUUGUCCCUGUCUUGUGAAGAUGUACCUUGCAUGUAGGGUACUGUUCAGUCUGAAGUUUUAGUAAAGCAAAAUCAUUAUGUUCUUAGGCUAUUCUGUGAGAAAUAGAACAUGAUGGCCUAUUCACUAAACUGUGGACUCUUUGAAAAGGGAAUUACAAAUUUGAAACCAGAAUAGCUGAAAUUUAAAACAUUUUGGCAUAAAACAAGUGUUAUGAAUUACACAAAAAAACAGUCUGCUUGCUUUCACGAGUCAAAGGGAAUCCGUAGUAAUCCAAUGCUCCAAUAUAUUCGGAAAUACAAUCAUAACACUGGGAAAUUGUUUAACGUAUGCCCACCAUAACAUAUCCGUGUACAAAUGCUAAACCCACCAAAAACCAGGGAAACCACACUUGUUACGUCCAUAGGUUUUCUUCCCUAGCAUAACAAGAGUAGGUAUUGAUCCAAAGUCUUUAAAGGAACAUUCUGGCACCAUAACUUCAGAUCAAUAUAGUGGUUAUGGUAGCUGCAGCUCCCUGGAACCGCCCUUUCGUCUAGUGCUAAAGUGUUUUGGAACGGUUUAACACAGAAGCAGUCCAGAGGUGUCCAUCAGAUAUUUUUCCUUCGGUGGGUGCCCAGCUAGUGCGGAAGCUUUAGGUCGAGCUGCAGAGGGGCAACAGCAAUUGGCUGACCGCAUCAGCUGACAAGAUGAAAACUACUUAUGUAAAAUCACUUGCUCUAGUUAAGGUCUGGUUGUGGUGCUGAGUGUCCCAUUAAAGUCUAUGCAUUUGCUAGCAUUUCUUCUUACGUAAUCUAUAGAUAUGUUAUGCUAUAUUAAUGUUAUGACAGGUAGGUUUUAUGAACCCUUGCAUUCAGGUGAUCCAAGAAUAUGUUAUCCUUUUUUAUUUUUAUUUUUUAUUACUAUAGCCAGUGAGGGGGUGUCCUGAGGCCCUAUGUUCUUGUUGCUCAUUUUAUUUGUUUGUUCUUUCUUGUUUUAGGCUGUUUUUAAGUAACCUUUUAUUUAUUACUUUAUUGAGGAGGUAUAUAGAGUGUUUCCCCCUCUGCCAUGCUUUCAUGGUCAUUUCUCCAAAUCACCAGAUAUUUUAGUUUACCAACAGUAUGACUGAUCUCAAUGUAUGCGUAGUAAUCAGGAAACAGCUGGGGACAAAAAGGAUCAUUAAAACCAUUUGAUUUUGAUAAAACAUCUGAUAAUCAAACAAGCUGUUUGAUUAGUAAUAAUUAGGUUUUAUGCUACCUAAUCUCAAUAGGUAAUUUUAGUUUCAGGUCAGUUGAUGAUAUGGAUGAACAUAACAUUUUGCAUUCUUGCAAUCCUUUACAUUGUUUUCUGUCUUUUUAGCUCUGACGUGGCUGUGUUUACCAUGAAUGGUCUCUCUGUAAAGCACUCCAUUUCUGCUCAACUUGCAUCAGCCACAAAGUCCUACGCCCACCGGAGAAGGCGCUCAAGCAGGUGAGACAACCCUCCCCCCAAACUGUAAAAGAUAAUACACAUUUGGGCUCUAUUAGAGCUCAUUAAAGGGUUACUCUGAACACCGUAACUACUUUGCAUGAGUACCCUUUACCCACUCUCCGUCCUGAGAGUGGCCUAUAACAGAAUCAUCAGAGCUGCCAUCAGAGCUGUCAGUCAGGCAGCUGGGAUUAUCUUAUGGGCUACAUGUGCCAGGUUUAUCCAAGAUGUGUGUAGAGACAUAUAUGGUGUGUGUGUCUGUCUGUAAUAUCCUUGUGAUUCACAGCCGGGACAGAGUGGAGGGAUAAAAAAUUAACGAUAAAAAAUUAACGUAUAGAUUGUAUAACUGUGCAGGUUCUUUAUUCAUAUACUAGUUUUUUUCUACCAGCACCCUCUUCUACUCAGCUCCCGAUUUAUAUAGAAGAGAUUUGUGUUUCUUGAUAUAUACUGCAGUGUUUGGCUGGGAGGAUUUGUAAGCCAUCAUUCUGGAGCAACAGGAGAAAAUGACUUCACUCUAAAUCUCCCGUCCUCAUAGUCCAGCUUUGUUCAGGCCCUGCGUUCCUUUUUCAUAUAUGCUGUAUUAUCAGAGAUCUUUGAUUAUUUGCGAUCGUAGACUACUGUACACCGUGUGAAACAUCACAUAUUCUCCAUGUCUGUUUUAUAUCUUGCAGUUCAUCCUCAUUGCGUGUAGGGAGUGCAGCAGUUAGUCAUGGCCGUACAUCAAGAUUAACACUUGGAACAGUUAAAAAGCCUCAAAGGCCACCUACCAUAGCAGGUGAGUUAUUUAACCAACUUGAGGGUGUACCUUAAAACUAGGAAGGUACGAAAGUGAACAUGUCCCUAUCUUGGUUUUCAUUGUUUAGUGUACUUUAUAAUUGAACGCUGUUUCACCAUGGCUAGGAGAGAAAAUGGAUCUGUUUGGCUGGUGAGACGCCAUUUUCAGAAGUUAGAAGGCAGGGUUGCCUGGUACUUACAAAGUGGAGAACACGACAAAACUAAUUAAAGGGAGACUGUGCAACAACACAACUUUAAUGGACUUUGGCCUAAUUAUUAUGCUGUAUUUUCUGCAUGCUCAAAUCUUUAUAGUUUUUGCACAAUAAAAAUAAGGUUGCUGCACUAUAUGCAUGCCUCCUUAGCUACCCACCUCAUGCCAGAAAGGCUUUCUUAUCAAAUUCAUGCACACUGGCUAUAUUAUUUUUCCAGGAUUCCAAAAUGUCAAGAUUAUCGCCACAUCACCCUUGGAGUUCUGGCCUUUUCUCUGCAUGUAUUAGAAAGUUUUACACUAACCACAUGUUGCUUAAUCAGUCCGCACAUUAGCACGACCUUUUGAAGAAGAGCAAAACAGGAUGUGAACAUCAUAUUGUGACUCCCUGCUUAAAGGGGAACAGCUUAAAGUCGCAUGUUUUCAAGGUAAUCUUUUGUUGCAUGUUUGCUUAAUUUUGUUGUUUGUUCCAUAGAGAGUUGCAGCCCUCGGGGACAAAGCGGCAAGAAGACAGGAAAAGGGUCGGUUGCAUUUGGUAGAACCAUGUCCGCAAUUCCAGGGAAUCGAUUCAUGCAGGUUGCAGCAGUAAAGUCAUAACCAAAUAUAAAUAAAAUGCGGUUUGUUGGACUUACACAGAAGACAAUUCAGCUUGUUUACCGUUUGGGAAAAAUCCCCGUCCUACACAACUUGAUGAAAUCCACUUUUGAGAUUAUUUAUAAUUCAGAUUGUACACCAGGAACAAAUCAUCACAGCCUUCAUUGGCGGGCUCUGCAGGACCCAUCCAGAUUUCUUAUACUGACCUUCAUUUUAAUAUUUUAAUUGGCAUUUUAAUGCCCCUUCAUGUAUUAUAAUCCAUGAAAGUAUUUACUUGUACAUUGUUACAAUGUUGGUUCUCCCAUUCUGUCGCAGAUCCUUGUGUUUUAAAAACUCUUACAUUUUUAUUCUCUAAAAUCUGUCCGACACUUGCGCUAUCCCUGUAGCCAAGCAGCCCUUUGUGACCUGAUUUACUUUUCUCAAGUUCAAUAAUUUCAAAAAUAUAAACCGUGUUGCAUAACUAAGCAACAAUAAAAAAAAUGAUAUCCCUGGGAUUAGUAAAGCCAAUUGUAAUUUGCUUCACUGCUCAGGAAUUAUGAGUCUAAGCAAUAGUCCACAUUUUCAGGUUUACACUGCUCGUGUUUAUAUGUUUGGAUGUCUCUGAUGCUGGGAAUAAAAUACAUGUAUGGUAGAGCUGUGUGCAUGCAUACAAUGAACGUGCAGAAUGUUAGUGUUGUGCACACAACUACCAAUGCUAUCAGCAUGGAAGCAAAUUAAAAGACAACGGUCACCUCAAAACUAGUUUUAAUAUAAUAAACAUUUCAUCUAGUUUUGAAAGGAAAUGGAUGUUUUGUUAUUUUUAAAUAACGUAUAUGUAACAAAAAAUAGAAACUCAUCACUACCUUUUAGGAUAUGAUAGGACCCGUCAGCCAUAUGCAUACACCCUGGGUCAGACAGUGUUUGAAAACAAACCGUCUCUAUGGUUUUCCCUCGUUCUUCACAGAGGGUGAAGCAGAAAAGACCAUAGAGUAGGGAUGCCCAAAAGGUAGAUCCACAGAUGUUUCAAAACGACAUCUUCCAUGACGCUUUGUCAUUUUAAAGUCAUGCAAAGCAUCAUGGGAGGUGUAGUUCUAUAUGUGGGGAUCUCCCUAUUGGGCACCCUUGCCAUAGAAACCAUUGUUUUGUUUUAUUUCCCCCCCCCCCAAACUCUGUCUGCAUGUGUAUACCUUUUUCUUUCAAAACUUGAUGAAAGUAUUAUUAUAUUAAAAAAAUUAAAAUUCUUAACAGACUAAUUACAUUUUGGAGGUCUUCUACAACUGCUUGCAUCAAUGAUCCUCAGAUAGUUUGUCUGAUUCAUUAAUUUUCACCUCGGUGGAGGAUUCUAGCGCUCGUGGUUUCUGAGCUUUUACACUGUUUAGUUCAUAUUUAUUUUUAAAUGGAGACAUUCCAUAAGUAUGUAAUAGUCCAAUUUCUAUAAAGUCUUUUUGUUUUUCAUUGCCAAUAUCCCUUUAAUUAUUGAAUGCUCUUUAGCACAAGUAAACUGUUUUUUUUUUUUUUUAUUGUGAUCAGAUUAAUUCUCCUUUAUUAAUUACUGAAAAAGCAACGAACACAUUUUUAAAAAUCUAGGUAUUGCUUUAUUUUAUACUCUUGCUAUUUGUAACAGUGAAGAGCUAUGUCUUAACAGAUCAACAGAUCUGUCUAAUGAUACUUUUUGCCCUAUUUUCUCAUUUAUGUUCUAUUCCAAUCCAUCUCAUCCAUCAUUAAUUCAGAAGGCAUGCUGUUUAAAGUGGAUAUGCAUGACUUUGGGUGAGGAAGAAGCAAAAUGCAGAAAUUCUUGCAAAAAUUAACCUGAUUUUUUUCAUAACAGUAAAUGUGUAUAUUUUGUCUCCUCUAUUUGCUCUUCUGACAGCCUGUGAUGUCACUCAUGUUUUCUCAUGUCUUCAUAGAAAUGGUUCCACUAUUACGCAAACACAACUGUCCCGUGGUCCACAUACACGUGUUAUUUUAUAUUCAGUGACGCAUAGGAAGUCUAUUGUUGAAAUAACUGGUAGGACCCAGAUUAGCUGCAAUGUCCCGACCGUGGGAGUUACAAUUUUAUUUGUUUGUUUUUUGCAAGUAUAAAGAUUUAUAUAUUUCCAGUUAGGUGUUUAUUUUUUGUAUUAAGGCAGUAAUGCCAAGCCUUUAAGGCUAGCUGAGCACUAUGUAAAUGUUGUGUCAGUUAUCCUUUGCUAGAUUAAGGAACUGGUGCAUAUUUAGGAUAACCUAAAUAUGAGCCUUUGGGACAGAUUAUCAUCGUAUUGAAUAUGAAUUAGGAUUUUCUUAAAGGGACACUCCAGGCACACAGACCACUUCACCUAAUUGAAGUGGUCUGGGUGCUGUGCCCCUAUUGCUGCACUGUAAAAAAUUGCAGCUCCAGAAAAAACAGCAAUGUUUACAUUGCAGCUCUAAGUCUGCCCUCUGUGGCUGUCGAGGGACGUUGGCGCUGGAUUCAGGUAAGUAGCUGAAGGGGUUUAUUUUCCUGGCACUGGAGAGUCCCUCUAAACAAGGUGCUCUGAGAAACAGCACCUCCUAGUGUUCAUGUGGGCCAAUUAAUCAUUUUUCCUGUUGAGAAAUAGUUCUUGACCAUUUUGGGCAGGGACUUAAAUAUUGUAAAUGGCAUUAAUUUGUCGACCCAUUCUUCACUUCCAGAAUUGGCUCGGGCCAUGCAUCUUUAAUUUUAUAUGUUGCAAAAUUAAUUUUGCUGUCAUUCUGCACAUUUUUGUGUCAAAGCGGUCUCCGGUCUCCACUGCAUUAGGUGCACUGCAAUUGCAUGGGGGCAAAUUUGGGCUACAAAACACUUUGAAGGUUUUCCAGCAACCUCCUUUGCUAUUAUUAAACAAUACCCAUAAUUCCCUGUCAGUUAUGUAAAUAACUUGUGAAUAUCACUAUUUUAUUAAAUUUAUAUAAAAUAUAAUUGCAUCAUUUUGUUGAUCUUUUGUUUCAAUGUCAAAUCAAUAUGUAUUUCACAUCAGGAUUGUUAAUGUACAUUCCCUUUUACAUGGGCAUUUAUCAUUUGUAUGUUUACAGAUCUGAGAACCUGUACAAGUUCUUCUGCAAAGCUAUUUUUAUAUAUACUUUCUGUGUAUAGGACAUGCUUUUUCAUUAAAUAAUUUCCAUGUCUUUUAUUCUAGCUACUUGGUAACAUUUGUAGAUAUUUUAGGAAAGAUUAUCCUUUUAAAAAAAAAAAAAAAAUUUAAUUGUAUUGUUCAAUUCAUUACAGCAGUAGUUGCUGACAUGACUAGGCAAGUAUUUGUAAACUACGUUUCAAGCUGUGCAUCAUGGGAAAUUGUGUCACAAAUGCUUCUAAUGUCACGGUUUGUCAUCACUGCUUCAAAAUUCCCUGUUUUACUUUGUAUUUUAAAUGGGUUUACAUUCUUAAAGUGACACUAUAGUCACCAGAAACAUUACAGCUUAAUGUAGUAGUUAUGUUAUGGUUUCUAUAGCCUGUCCUGACUGUAGUAUUGGGUGUGGGGAGGCGCAAGCACGGGGGGCACUGUAGUGCUAGGAAUACCCCAGCCUAUAGUUUACCUUUAACUGUUUUGACGGGGGCCCAUUUAUGUAAUUGGUAUUACCUUGGCUACCCAUUUGUUAACUAUAAAAUAGCUUGGUGACCAAUUCAGCUAUAUUAUAGAAAAUGUAUUCUACAAACACGUUAAAUAUAGACUUCCUGAUUUCUAAAGGGGUCCAAAGUGGAGUAGACUUUACCACUACAGUAAACAAUAUUUUGUUGGCAACUGCCUGGGGACUGAUGAAUAUGAUGUGCCUGUAUGAGUGGAACCCACUAUAAUUGGAUAGGGUCCCGACUAAGGGGUUAAAUUACACUAAUCUAGAUAUGGCAUUUUUCCAUUAUUUUUAUUUUUAAACAAUCUCACUUUCCUAAGUUAUCCAUGAAAAUUCCUUUCAAUGUCAGCAGAUAAAGAGGCUGAACGUAAACUAAAUAUUGCAAGCCACAGGCAGUCCAAUACUGGCUAAAUAACUGAAAUCCAACUCAUAGCUAGGAUUGCACUUAUUGAAACCAUUCUAUAGAAUGCUCUCAAAGGCCCAGAUCUAAGCACUAUGUUUCCUUUUUUUAUAUAUUGUUUUCUAUAGCUCCGACAGGGAUCUGAAAGCUUUAAUUUGUUAAAGAUGGGACCUGUACGAUACAAGCAAACUCUUGUCGGGCCAUAUGGUGCACUGUAUAACUUAUUACCCUUCUAUUUAAUGGUCCUUUACUGCUGGGGCAGACCAGUAAAUUGAUUUUAUAGGGAGGCUUUGCCUAGAUUUCCCUUUAGCGGUAUACGUUGUAACUGACUGCCUCAUCUCGUGCUUUAAUAAGACAGGUUCCAAGCUGGCUCACAGCCCUUUCCAGGAGCUGAGAAAAAAAUAUCCUUUUAUGAUAAACCUCCAGCCAUUCAUAACCCAAGUGUGAUUUCUGUUUAAUCACGGUCUAUGCAAAGGGAAAUGUGCUUGUGUGGUUUUUGUGUAAAUAAAAGUGGUUGUUUCCAAAGUUUUGGAGAAUUCUCUCUACCUGUUAUGACUGUAACUUGUUAGUAGAAGACAGAUGUGGAUGAAUUUUGAAUAAAAACAGUUUUUAUUUUAAAUCUAGUUCUUGG